UACCGCUGACACACCGCCCGUAACAUAACAGCUCAUUACGAAAACUAUGACCAAUUAGGUCCGACCUCAUGAAACUCGACACGACACUACGAUGACGACCAACCUAUCACCCCAGGGUGCAGCGACACUCCAUUGUUUCAUAAAGAGGAAAGCGAAGGACGCCUCGUGCAUCCCAAUUAGCGAAGAGAGUUUCGGCGGCAAGUGAAUACAAAGUCGUCAAUACAGCUCCUCGACGGACAGACGACGCAAGGACUUGGGGGAUAGCGUGUGUUAAUUUUGAAACAUUCGAUACCGAGGGAAAUUCGACUCGGAUUAUUUUAAGGAGGGCAAACUUCAUAGUGUUUGUUAUGCGUGAGUGUGUACGAAAGUUAGCGAAAUUUUGGCAACGAGGCAACAAUACUGACGAGUGCAGUGCGGGACAGUAAUCAUUUGAUACAUUUAGUGAUGAUCGCCCGUCAGGACGUGUACCGUGAUUGUGCAUAAAGACCUACCCUGUGUGCUGUGCUCAGUGCUGUUAUUAAUAUUAGUCUCUUAAACUGUUUGGCAAUGGAGAGAAUUCCUCGCGUAUUGAUUAGUAUAGCACUUGCUGCGCUCUUGCCAAUGGCGUCACUGGAAAGCCAGGAUAAGCUCGCCAAAGAAAACAUUCCACACUCUCGACAGAAAAGGAUACUUUGGAUAACGAAUGAUGGACGACUGGCACUUCCACCAGGGACCACGAUGGCCAUAACACCCUCUAUAUCAAUGCCAUUCGUUAGGCAUCCUCCAAAAGGAUUCCUUUCUAAUAUGACAGUCAGUUUUCCUUUCUCAAGUACCAUAAUGUAUGAGCUGCAGUGCAAAAUUGAUUUCGACAAACUUGGUCUUACCGACAACGAGAAUCCAUAUGGAGAUUUGCCGCCAAUUUUCGCACGAUCCAUGGGUAACGCUGCAGCGUCCGUGAUGGCAAAUUACGUGGGACAAUAUCUGGAUACGAGGAGAGGUAAACGGUCUACCCGAGAAGCGAUACCGCCGGAGGCAGAGAGACUCGUGCUUGAUAGGUUUCACGGAGGCGAAAGGGCCCUGAUGUACGGAAUUGCAGAGGAUCUUAUUGCUAACUUCGGUCUAGAUGGAAAAGAAUGCCUUUUGAGAGCGAUAUGCGAAAUAAAUGCCCAUCCACUUACAAACUUUGGUUUCAUCGGCGAAGUAAUGAAACUAUUCUUUAAUCCAAGCAAAUCUCCGUACUCGAGCAUGUUGGCGGAAUACGUUGAGGCUCAGCGUGCGGGAGAGUCUGGAGGGGAAUGUUGGCCAUAUUACAGACUCUGCCCCAAGAGCAUAUUUCAAGCAUCUAAUAAAUAUACGAAAGACGCAGAGACCUUACACAGGCGGCAAGAACAAGACAGCAUUGAUAAUAACGAAAUGGAACUCAAAGCAAUGUAGUUGAUGCAAAGGCGCAUAGCCAUUAAUCCCAAAAUCCAAAUGUAGUAGUAGUAGUUUUCAACCAAAGUUGAUUCAAAUUUAGUAUCUUCUAACAUUUGUUAAAUUCGUAAGAGUGUGAU